CACCCGACGGAAUCGGGUUGUCUCAUUUGUAAUUUUGCCACAAACAGCGGGUUUGACAUCGACAUUGAUUGCAGUAACGGGAUUUUUUGAGCUGAUGAGCUGUUGGAUAACGAUGGGGAUCCAGAGACAAACCAGAGGAAGGGUCUCCUCCUUGUUCUGCUUUCAGUUCGCUUUAUUACUGCUCGUCGGUAAACGCGCUUUGGGAGAAAUCAGAUAUUCUGUUCCAGAGGAGGUGAAAGAAGGAACUGCUGUUGGAAAUGUUGCAAAGGAUCUUGGACUCGACGUCUCCUCUUUGUCUGACCGACGGUUCCGUGUUGUGUCUGAAUCUAAGGAGACAUAUUUUGAGGUAAACCAGAACAAUGGGGUUCUCUAUGUCCGGAGUAAGAUCGACAGAGAGGAGCUGUGUCGGGGUAGCGGCGCAUGUCUAAUGGAGUUAAAAGUCAUAGUGGAAAAUCCUUUGGAAAUACACUACGUUGUUGUAGAAAUUACUGAUGUAAAUGAUCAUUCCCCUACUUUCCCUGAAAAAGUACAAAGAUUUGAAAUAGCUGAGCAUACACUACCAGGAAGAAGAUUUCAGCUCCACGCUGCUCGCGACCCCGAUGCUGGAAUUAAUUCUAUUCGUACAUACACAUUGACGUCAAAUGAACAUUUUGAAGUAGACAUCCGCCAAAGUGACGAAGAUAAGGUACCAUUUUUAGUGCUGAAGAAAUCAUUAGACAGAGAACAAAAGGACAAACACACGCUGCUGGUUACAGCAGUUGAUGGAGGUAAACCUCCAAGAUCAGGAACACUGAACGUUUCUAUUAUUGUUCUUGACAGUAAUGAUAACCGUCCAGUGUUUAGUCAGGAGAUUUAUCAGAUUUCAAUACAAGAAAAUGUUCCAGUCGGUACUUCAAUAUUUAGAAUGAAUGCAACAGAUCCCGAUGAAGACACUAAUGGACAAAUUGAAUACAGUCUUGGAAAAACUCUGAAGAAAGAAGUUUAUGACGUGUUUGAGUUGGACAAAGUCACGGGAGAGAUUAGAGUGAAAGGAAUAGUUGACUAUGAAGAAAAUGACAUCUACAAAUUGGACGUGGAGGCAUCAGAUAAAGGAACACCUCCACUGACAGGUGAGAGUAGAGUCAUUAUAAAGAUAAAAGAUGUCAAUGAUAAUCCACCGGAAAUAGAAGUAACAUCUCUGUCAAAUACAGUGUCUGAAGAUUCAAAACCUGGAACAAUGAUCUCUCUCAUCAGUAUGAAGGAUAAAGACUCUGGAGUCAAUGGAAAAGUAAUUCCCAGCCUAACUUCAGACGUGCCUUUUGAGUUAAAACCUUCGUAUAAAGAAAACAUAUAUUCAGUUGUCACUAAAGGAUUUCUGGAUCGAGAGGAAGUGUCACAUUAUGAAAUAAUAAUAAAAGCCACUGACUGUGGUGAACCUCCCUUAUCUGCUUUUAAAACAUUAAAUAUUCAGAUAUCAGAUGUAAAUGACAACAGACCACAUUUUCAACAAAAUCCAUUACAGUUUUAUCUGGUAGAAAAUAAUGUGGCUGGAGCGUCAAUAUUCUCUGUCAGUGCAACAGACAAAGAUCUGAAUGAUAAUGCAGCGAUUUCAUAUCAUAUUGUGAGAGAAGGGAGUCAGAAUGACAUCAUGUCUUUCCUGAAUGUAAACUCUGAUAACGGACACAUCACAGCUCUAAAAAGUUUUGACUUUGAGGUUCUGAAAACGUUCCAGUUCCAAGUUGUGGCCACAGAUUCUGGAACUCCAUCACUGAGCAGCAACGUCACAGUGAACGUGUUCAUUCUGGAUCAGAACGACAACGCUCCAGUCAUCCUGUAUCCAGUCAGCUCCAACGGUUCUGCUGAAGGUGUGGAGGAGAUUCCCCGCAAUGUGAACGCAGGACACUUGGUGACUAAAGUCAGAGCCUAUGACGCUGAUAUAGGAUAUAACGGCUGGUUACUCUUUUCACUGCAGGAAGUCACUGACCACAGUCUCUUUGGUUUGGACCGCUAUACAGGACAGAUCAGAACACUUCGCUCAUUCACAGAGACAGACGAGGCUGAGCAUAAACUGCUCAUACUGGUCAAAGACAAUGGGAACGUUUCUCUCUCAGCAACAGCUACUGUCAUUGUCAAACUGGUGGAGCCCAAAGAGGCUUUUGCUGCUUCUGAUGUUAAAAGUGCCACUAAAGUUGACGAGGAGGACAAUGUGACAUUUUAUCUGAUGAUAACUUUGGGCUCAGUCUCUGUACUUUUUAUCAUCAGCAUCAUCGUGCUGAUUGCGAUGCAGUGCUCCAAAUCCACAGACUAUACUUCUAAAUAUCUCCAAGAGACUAAUUAUGACGGGACUCUGUGUCACAGCAUCCAGUACAGAUCUGGAGACAAACGCUACAUGUUAGUUGGACCCAGAAUGAGUAUAGGAUCUACUAUAGUCCCUGGCAGCCAUGCUAACACUCUAGUGCUCCCUGACAGGAGGAGGGGAUCUACAGAGCUGACCUCCAGCAACAGCAAGAUCUGCUGGCAGUACCUGGGUAGCAACUGCUCAACAGCCACCUUGCUCCCGCGAUAA